ACAGCCAUUUUGGAUUUCGAUAAAUAAUGAACAGCAACCGAAAGUAAUGUUUUUUGAUCUACCUGUAAUUUUGUUGUGUAAAAUAAGUUUUGAAUUAGCGGUAAACAUUCGUGCCAGUCGUCCACGUACCUGCUCGAGUUUAGGAUCGUCCUACUUUGGGCUGAAUCCUGCCUCGACGAUCAGCUGUCAGGGACCUUUGACGUGUAGAACACAAACAAAUCUGAUAUUGUUGGGCUGAUAUGCUGUUGUCGAGAUGAGCGGCACGUUUUACGAGCAGCUGGGGGGCGUAGCCGGGAUGUUCGAGCAAUGGGGGGCAUGUGAGAAGACUGUGUUAGCUUGUGCCCUAGCUCGAAGAGUGCCGUGGCCAGGUUUGAAGCUGGUGCAGCGAGCUGUGGAGGCGGCUCUUCAGCACCACGUCGAGGACGAGCGUCUGGAGCGAGACGCGAACGACGAAACGUUGCUGGCGAGCCUCCUCACGCCGAGGACGGAUGAUAACGAGGAUGAGGGUGAGCAACUCCUGCAACUCUUGACCCUUUUGCCACUCCUCCGGACCGACAAUGAACGGGGCAAGGAUGUGUAUAUGACUGCCACCCCUGCCCUCGUUCAGAGGUGCGUGGACGCGCCUCGGCGGUCGUCUGUGGCACCCGAACUUUGUCGACAGCUACUUUCGUACCUACUAGUCCAUCCAGCCUUAACGGCUCAUGACCAAAGUACAUUAACACAAUGGCUACGUUACCUAGAGAAUCACAUUUCAGGCAAUAGAAAUACAGAAUCAGUAUGGCAACAGCGAAUAGAGCCUUGCCUAUUGCCAGAAACAAACAUUUGGGGCACAACCAAUUCAUUUAGGAGGACAAUAGGCAAAAAUGUUGAAUUUAGAGGAAUGCUUGACACAUUAGAGUCAUGUUAUACAGAUAUAUUACAGGAAUCCUUUUCCAAAAAUGGCAGGGAUGUAGAUCUUAGUUUAGAAGGUGAAAAACUGAAUUUUGACGCGGCAAUAUCUCAGCCGAAAUCUCAAAGAUCGAAUAGUUUAACUCCUCCAUCAACAAAUUUUAUGCAAAUGUCUUCCUCUGCCGAGAAUCUGAGUGACGAGCCUUUCGUGCAGAAACCGCGAAGUUUUUCACUCUCGAGUGAGCAUAGUUUAGGCCAGAUAAGGCCAAUAAGUAUAAUGUACGGGACGACAGGAAGCGAAACAAGGUUAGAUGAGCUCAAAUCAAAUAAUUAUACGGAACAUCCUGGCAUGUCGACUGUUGCACAGUGGCUAAAGAGUUUGAGGUUACACAAAUAUGUUUGGCUUUUUACAAAUAUCACUUAUGAACAAAUGAUGGCUAUAGAUGAGAAGUACCUUGAAGAAUUAGGUGUAACAAAAGGUGCUCGCCACAAAUUGCUCUUAUCAAUAAAGAAGUUAAACGAACGCCUAGCAACAUUGGAAGCGGUGGAGACGGAGUUAUCUUCAGGCGUGUCGGCGGCGGCCGCGGCAAGGGCUCUCGAACGCCUCCGGGGGGUUUUAGUGAGCCCUAUGCUGCCUACUUCGGAUCUGCCCGUCGCGAUAGUACGCGCUUUGGAUACUGCAUCAAAGAGUUUAUGCAACGGCGCGGGCGCGAUCGCUCGCGUGCCGACAUUAGCGCCGCCUGACGAGAGCGAGCUCGACUCGCCCGUCGACCCGCUGUCGCUGCACUGCUGGCUGGUGGAAAAGGCGCUGCACCACGAGGCGUUCAGUCGGCCGGAGCUGCAGGCGGCGCUGAAGCGGCUGCGGCACCGCCUGCCGCCGCGACAGUUCUUCCACCACGUCAGCGACAUGCCGCUCAACAGGCGGUGUCCCAAGCCCAGAUGGCGCGUCGGCACUCACAACGGCUACAAGCCUAUCCACAGGCGGACGUGGGCACCCGCCUGCCGCGGGCCGCUGCUGCCGCGGCCCAAGUCCAACUCCUACCCGCCCUUCCCCCCGCACGCGAUACCCCGCCCCCCUCCCCCCGCGUCCGUCCUGUCCGACGACUACUCCAGUCUGGAUGCGCUGUGUCUGCAAAUGACGGAACAAGCUAUCAAUUGAGCUGGUGAGUGAGAAGCAAGUAAACAGCUCUUUUAGCACCAAUGGGACUUUUAUGGACGAUUGGAACUUACAUGUAACAAGCUUAGGGUCCCAACUCUGAAAGUUGUUUAAGCGCCAGCGGGCAAAAUGAGAUGGGUCAGUUGAACUAAUUCCGUGCCAGACAUUAAAUCAUCUCACGAUUUUGAGGAUGUUGAAAUCGGUGGCAGUUGAACUAGCCUGUGCCAGAUAAACUAGAACUUUUCAGGCCCAAUGAAAAAGAUUGAUGGGUUUGUGGAACUAGCGUUGAGUGAUACAAUGCUAGACAAAGUUAAACAACUCUCUUUCUAUAUGAUCGGUAUGACAAAAGACAGGUUGUGGCUGUCAAAUAGCUUCUAUUGUCCGCACCAAUAGAAAUAAGCAAACUUGCAAUCCGUUUGUACAAAAUUGUCUACUAAAAUUGAUCCUUGAGAAAAUGUUCUCUGUAAAAAUUGAUUUUUCAUAAUGACUGAAGUCUAUUGAUGCAGACUAUAGAGAACGUUUUAAUACAGCAAACAGACAUAUAUUCUGGUUGUUGUAACAGUUAUUUGAUAGUCUUGUCUCUUGUCAUUUGAUUGGGAGAGAAUUUCAGGAAAUGGCACAAAAGGAUUGCAACCACAAUUUGAUUUUAUUUUUGGGACUAACAUGAUAUUGACUGUUAGAAACACUACAAUAACAAAAUAUAAAAUCAAGGAAACGUAUUACAGCAGAUUUAUAGUGACACUACGCUUUUUUGGCGACGAAGUUUUUAUAAUUUAUAAAACAAUAACGUAUGGCGUUUCCUAUUGAUCGAAUUUUUACUUCGAUGUUCAGUAGAUGUUAGUUCCAAACAAGUCAGUUUUUAAAAUGUAUUGGUGUAUAGUUCCACUUUAACCCAUUGGUUAAAACUGUCUUGUUGUACAGUUCAAUUGUUUGUUCAAACAUUGGCGACGAGGGAACGCGGUUCGAUAGCAACUUGUAUGUAAAUAGGACUAUUACCGAAUGAUGCAGUGGCUCAUGUCAAAUCAGCCCUAUCAUGUUGUACCAAAAUAUGUACUAGCAACGUAUGUUCAGUCUGCAACGUCUUACGUUAAUGGACUCAUUCCUUGUUUGACUUACUCGUAACAGAUGGUACAACUAUAUUUAGUAGUUAUAAUAAUCCUAUAGAGGUUAAUUCAAUUGUUAUUUUAAUUUAAAUAGAUUAUUUUUCUAUUUAUUCAUAUACAUGGACAAUGUUUGCAUUAUACUGCACAUAUUAUAUUAUACUGUCUCAAAAGUGAAGCAAUUUAAAUUAAUUCUAUGACAUGUUUACUUGUAUUUUUUAAUGAAAUUCACAAUAAUGUAUCUUCCACGUUAAGGCUAGUAGUUCACUGACAACGAAAUUUAUAUGCUUGUAUGCGUGGACAGUACCAGGGAAAAAAUAAAAUAGCCAUAUAGACUCUGCUACUGCCAAUAUUUAGGGAGCUGGUUUGCAAUGUGCAUGUUAUUUUAAGAUUGUUUUAAUUUAUGAUAUGAAUUUUAUAUUGUUAUAGAUAUUAUGAAUUUAUUAGCAGUGAUUUCGUUUUGAAAUCCAAUAGAUCUAUGUCUUACGAAUGGGAUUUCUCUGAAAUAUACUCUAUACAAAUUAUCUAGCCCUGAGUUUUUACAUUUAAAUUAUCAAAACGCAUAUUUAAAUCACUGCUUUCUAUAAAGUAUGGGUGUUGAUAUGGUUAACUUUUAAUGGAUGUAUGUAUUGUAUGUAUACUUAUUUUGACAAAGAAAUGAGAGCUAGAGAAAUGUUGCCUUAAUUUAACCUAAAAUACAAAUUAAUUAUUGGAGGUUGUAAGCUAAAUUCGUCUGACCAUUUAGGAUUCAUUAAUAUACAUAAUAGUUAUUCAAACUUGGUUGUAACAAACGCUAAUGUUAAUGUAAAUACAUAUUUAUAAGUAUUGUUAAUUUAUAACAUGAACUAAAAAUCGGUGACAACGACACAACUCGAUUCGACUCGGCCAAUCGAAAAAUACUAUUAAACUACACAUGAACAUAAAUUUCUCUGGUGCUAACAUUUCAUUUCUUCGGUUUAGUUUAGUAAUAAUGAAAUAGGGCUACAAGAAAUUGUUUUUAAAUGACACAAACCACUUGCUUAGCUGUAGUUUACCAGUGUGUACCAUGUAGAGAAAUAUCACGGGAUUGUGACGAAGUGUCGGUUGUGAUGCGACGCCAGAGCAUCAGCUCUGAAUUUACCAGAAUUCUUGUUGUUAUGUUGGUCAACUAAUGUGGUAUUGUACAUAGUUAUGAAGUCACUACGGGAUCAACGCGAGUCCGACGGCCUAAUCGGUAUUACAGAUAGUUUGUCCUGUCUUUGUGAUUGUUGUCCUGUAACACUACACAAUUGCGUCUGUUUGUAACUAUUAUAAAUGUUGAUGUAAUUAGAUAGUAUAAUCUGUUGACUGAUGAUUGAAUAAUUUAUGAUGUUUGCGUAUGAUUUAUUUAUUUAGGUUAAACUAUCGAUUAUACAUUUUGACUGGAUCAAAAAUCUGAUUGUAACAUGUGCAAUUUUUUUUUUAUUUACAUAUAAAAUGUUAUAUAGAUUCCAUGUAAAUAAUGGACUAGAAUGCAAUGUAUUUAUUACUAUAAAUAUUGUAAUAAGGUAACACUUGUUUUUGUACAAAACAUGCAGGAUAUUGUGUU